AUGCUAAUUUUGGCUAUUUCUUCGAGCCUUUGUAAGCCGUCCAAGGCACAAAUGCAGUCAAUGCUUAAACCUAUUGUUCAAAAUUUAAAAAGAAUUGAAAAUGGAAUUAGUUUUAGCACUCCAGAUCAAGCAGCAGUUUGGGGAAGAGUUUUCUUAAUACUCAGCUGCAACGAUAAGCCAGCCCAAGCACUUCUUCAAAACCUUGGAGAGCCUCAUGGACGCUUUGGAUGUGGCGAUAAAGUUUCUACUGGUAAAACUACGAUACGUGUAUUCCCAACAGCACCAACAAUCACCUAUAGUUUACGUACUAAUGAAUGGUACGAUCAAAUGAUCGAAACAGUUUGUAAACCAGAUGUUCGACAAAGAACAACUGAAGAUGAAAUCCUCGAAAUGUUGUGUGGUCAUAAAGGUUUUUGUCGUUUGCGAGAUUUGAGUAACUUUGAUAUUGGCCAGUCAUUUGCGAAUGACCCCUUACACAAUGUUUACCACGGCGUAUUUCGACGCAUUCUUGUACCUCUGUUUGAUGAUAAAUAUGCGAAACAAAAGUGGUCAUGUAAAAAUAAAAUGGAAAGUAUUCAAGCUUCAUUGGACAAAAUUCAUUAUCCAUCCAAUACAACUAGAAUACCUCGUCCCCUCAUAUUUUUUUAA